UGGCACGGGGUAGAGGAAUUAGUAGAGCGAGCUGGCAUUGCCGCGGCCCCUUUAAGAGAGGAGGCGGCGAGGCGCGCUCCGACGGCUUCCCUCUGGCCCCGCCCCUUUCCCGUGAGCCCUCGGGGAGUGGUCCGACCGCGGGCGGCUGCCGUGGGCGUCUUCGGCUGGGCCGGGGCUUCGGACGGCGCCAGCCGAGCGACAAGAGCCAUGGACGAGGAGAUAGUGUCCGAGAAGCAAGCCGAAGAGAGCCACCGGCAGGACAGCGCCAACCUGCUCAUCUUCAUCCUGCUGCUCACCCUCACUAUUCUCACGAUAUGGCUGUUCAAGCACCGCCGGGCCCGCUUCCUGCACGAAACCGGCCUGGCUAUGAUUUACGGUCUUUUGGUGGGCCUUGUGCUUCGGUAUGGCAUUCAUGUUCCAAGUGAUGUAAAUAAUGUGACCCUGAGCUGUGAAGUGCAGUCAAGUCCAACUACCUUGUUGGUAAAUGUUAGUGGAAAAUUUUAUGAGUAUACGCUGAAAGGAGAGAUUAGCUCACAUGAACUCAAUAAUGUUCAAGAUAAUGAAAUGCUUAGAAAGGUUACUUUUGAUCCAGAAGUAUUUUUCAACAUAUUACUUCCUCCUAUCAUCUUUUAUGCAGGUUAUAGUCUGAAAAGGAGACAUUUCUUUCGGAACCUCGGGUCUAUUCUGGCAUAUGCUUUUCUUGGAACAGCAAUUUCUUGUUUUGUUAUUGGAUCAAUAAUGUAUGGCUGUGUAACGCUGAUGAAGGUAACUGGACAACUUGCUGGAGAUUUUUACUUUACAGAUUGCCUGCUAUUUGGUGCCAUUGUAUCAGCAACAGACCCAGUGACUGUUCUUGCCAUAUUCCAUGAGCUUCAAGUCGACGUUGAACUCUACGCACUUCUUUUUGGUGAAAGUGUCCUCAAUGAUGCUGUUGCCAUAGUGCUUUCCUCUUCAAUAGUGGCAUACCAGCCAGCUGGAGACAAUAGUCACACCUUUGAUGUCACAGCAAUGUUCAAGUCUAUUGGAAUCUUCCUGGGGAUCUUCAGUGGAUCUUUUGCAAUGGGUGCUGCUACUGGAGUGGUGACAGCUUUAGUGACAAAGUUCACCAAAUUGCGGGAGUUUCAGUUGCUGGAGACAGGCUUGUUCUUCUUGAUGUCCUGGAGUACCUUUCUAUUGGCUGAAGCAUGGGGCUUCACAGGUGUUGUUGCAGUAUUGUUUUGUGGCAUCACACAAGCACAUUACACAUACAAUAAUUUGUCCACGGAGUCUCAACAUAGAACAAAACAGUUGUUUGAGCUUCUCAAUUUCUUGGCAGAGAAUUUUAUCUUCUCCUACAUGGGACUGACACUUUUUACCUUCCAGAACCAUGUCUUUAACCCAACAUUCGUAGUAGGAGCUUUUAUUGCUAUUUUCUUGGGAAGAGCUGCCAAUAUUUACCCCUUAUCUUUCUUACUUAAUUUGGGUAGAAGAAGUAAGAUUGGAUCAAAUUUUCAACAUAUGAUGAUGUUUGCUGGCCUUCGUGGUGCAAUGGCAUUUGCUUUGGCCAUUCGAGACACUGCCACUUAUGCUCGGCAAAUGAUGUUCAGCACCACGCUUCUUAUUGUGUUUUUUACCGUGUGGGUAUUUGGUGGUGGUACCACUGCCAUGCUGUCGUGCUUGCAUAUAAGGUACUGUGCUAGACUCUGGGGAUACAGAGAUGAAUUGAGACAUGGCCUUUACCCUCAAGGAGCUCACAGUCUUUUUGGGGAGACUGACAGGGUUGGUGUUGAUUCAGACCAAGAACAUUUGGGUGUUCCAGAAAAUGAACGGAGAACUACCAAAGCAGAGAGUGCUUGGCUCUUCCGGAUAUGGUACAACUUCGAUCAUAACUACCUGAAGCCUCUGCUGACUCAUAGUGGGCCUCCUCUCACCACCACACUCCCCAACUGCUGCGGGCCCAUCGCCAGAUGCCUAACCAGUCCCCAGGCUUAUGAAAACCAAGAACAAUUGAAGGAUGAUGACUCUGAUCUUAUUCUCAAUGAUGGUGAUAUCAGCUUGACAUACGGGGAUUCCACUGUGACCACUGAAUCGACAACAUCUAGUGCCCCUAGGAGAUUCUUGGGCAACAGUUCUGAAGAUGCCCUGGAUCGUGAGCUUGCAUUUGGGGACCACGAGCUGGUCAUUCGUGGGACACGCCUGGUUCUGCCUAUGGAUGAUUCUGAACCCGCAUUAAAUUCAUUAGAGGAUACGAGACACAGCCCAGCCUAAGCUUAUUAAUAUUCACUUAGUGAUUUGUAAAAUUUGCACAUGUGAUUGUGAAGAAAUUUGUACUACCUAAAAAGUCCUAGUGCAUGUCUCUGAAUGUGUAAGCUAUAUAAAUGCUAUUUAUAUGGCAUAGAAAGAAUAUAACUAUCCUGUACAAGGCAGAUUGUUAACAAACUAUUCUUUUAAGUUUUGCUGGCUGCACUAUGUAGGCUGGAUCUGUUUUAGAAAGUUACUUUCACAGUGAUGUUGUGUGUUCUGUUAGCUUUAUGUCUCAGUUAAAGUAUAAAAAGUGAUGGAUUUACUCUAUUUACCUGACACUUAGCAGGAGUACCGAGUUCUUGUGAUGUGAAUUAAUUUGUGUGUGUGUGGUUGGGUGGGGGGAGAAGAAGGAGGGAAGUGUUAUUUCCUAGUGAACCCAGGGAGGAGAGGUUCCUUUGUUGGGACGCUUUUGUUGAUUGCUGCUGCCUUUGUCAUGACCUUUUUCUUUCCCUUUUCUCUUGUGGCCUAUUGUGGUGUAAGGAGCUGAUGACAUUUUGAUCUUGCCCCACUCAGGUUGCAGAGUGAAGUUGGAGUGAAGUAUGGGGCUGUCCCCCCCCCCUUUGCUGUGAAAGAACAGAUUCAUUAACUACAAUACACUGGUGUUUCAAAAGAAGGCUGCAAAUGACCUCCAAGACCUUAUUUCUUUUCCUCUAGGCCAAGACCGUGGAGUUGCAUCCAGCUGGCUUAGCCAAAGUACAGGUGUAUAUAGUUCAGGGCACUUGAUUUAGAUUUGGAGGGGCUGGGGCAGGUGGAGAGGGGACAGAGGGCAAGAAGGGAGUAAUUGGUGUUAGAGGUCUCUCUUCCCAAAUAUGUAAAUAUUCUAUACCAGAUAAGUUUAAAUAAGAAAUUUAAUUGCUGCUUAAUUUUUGAUUAUGUACUUUAUCUGUAUAGCAAGCUUUGUUGUCACAAGUUUUUAUAUCAAUUUAAAUCGCUGCUCUUUAGCAGCCGAACAGGAGCAAAAUGUAAAAUUUUUAAACUUACUGUAUCUAAUUGUCAUUUGUUAGUCUGUAGUUGAUGUUAAAAGUUAAUUUAUGAAUUCAUGAACAUCCCAUACUACAUCAAAGGCAGUCAUAAGAGAAUUGCAAUGCUCUGGAGCAUUUAUUGUAAGGAGGCUCCUUUGUGUGCAGUGGGUAUAGUUGUCUUCAUUGUCAUGUUACUUUUUAAUAUUAAACACCUAAGCUGCCAUGUAUUUUUUUCCACAGUUUUCAAGGAAGAGCACAGAACAAUUUCCCAUUUCAUAUUCAUAGUAUGAAAGUGAAUUCUAUUUUGUAAUGCUGAAAAUACUUAUAGGUACAAUGAAUACUUGAAAGGGGAAUACUUUUUGAUGUUGAUUCUGACCUAUUAAUAAUUCUGAAGAAAAAUAUAAACUUUUGUGGAUUUUUUCCUCAGGUCUGAGUAGCAUUGCCUUAAAUCUUACCCAAUUAGAAAAUUGAUGUACGUACAUGAUGUUCAAAUUUUCCACUGAAAACUAUUCAUCCAAACAAAACACGUACUUAUUCUCCAAAAGAGUUCUGUGCUAUUGCAAACACUCCUUGAGAUUUUAAGGGAAUUCUAAUAUUGUACCCUCUAGUGGCAGCCUUGACUGUUGGCAUAGCCAUUUGUUAUGUAGUGGUAGCAACUUUCCUGCUAUGCAGGAACCCCUCCUGUGAAGUGUAUGUUUUAUAUGAUGUGUGCCUCUUCGUCUAGUAAAUAAUUUCUUGUUGAUGUAUGUUUGAGGGGCUUUGUAUGUCAGCAUCAUCUUCCCACAGAGUUAUUCAAGUUAUAAAAGGUUAUACAAUAAUUUAACAACUACCUUUUUUAUUGUCAGGUUACUGAGCUCACUUUAUGAACAUGGCUGUAAAUACUUAGCAUGAUAAAUUCCGUAACUUGUCUGUUUCAGCAUGCAUAAGACUUCUCAUUAGGGGAACUGAUAAAGCUUGAGUCCACUAAAUCUGCCUUCAGUACUUUAUCAAAGGGGAACCAAGCCUGCUGUGCUUACAUCAUCAGCCUCUGGAAGAUUUUUCUUCUCAAAUCUAUGUGUACAUCUCCACACAAAGAAGAGCAAACAUUUCUGCUCAGACACCCAUUGAAUUGAAAUGCCUGGAUGAACUUUGAUGAAGUACAGUCUGAGUUACCAUCAUGCACAAGUAGAACUGUUCUUGAACCUGUUUUUCUGUUGUUUGUGGAACCUACAUGUUUGAUUGACUUGAACGUUGCAUCUUUUAAAGUUAUUUUUAAAGGUCUCUUGGCAUUUAUCCUAGUUGUCUGUGUUUGGCAAUGUGCUGUUAAAAUAAUAGACUUUUAAUCUUCAUGUAUUUUUUUUUGUUUUCCCUUGGAGUACUUGGACAAAUGUUAUAGUGGUUUCUUUUAGGAAAAUCUGUCAUUAAAGAAAUUAUAGCCUUGCAAAUAACCACUCAC